GAAGAGGUCCUUUCCAUUUUACGUCUGAGCCCAAGGCAGUUCUAGAGGUUGCCCAGAAUUAACGCUUUUUGUCCUAGUGUAAUUAUUGAAAGAGCCCCCUCUCAAGGUCAGAAGUGUUCCUGGUGGGGAAUAAAUCCUACAUUCUAUCCCUAGUUCUUCUCGGUUGGGUUACAGAUAGGGAGGGGGGAAGGGAGGACGCGAACAGGCGAGGGGCGUUCUCUCUAAUGGAUCUCUUGCUCGACUUCCGGUGGGGCAUUUCGAAUCUACAGACCCGUGGGGGUACCUACGAUUGCAUCUUUGCUGUUUUAACAACAACUGUGCUAAUCGAAGUGGUUAAAGGCUUGUUUUUGAACUUCUCUCAAUAAACCCUGAGAAAGUAACAGUGCUUCCUGAAACCAUCAAGAAAGAAAAUGAAAUGCAACUUAUCUCUCAAGAGCUACUGUAAGGAUAGAUCAUCUCUGAAAUGUCGGUGACAUUGCAUACAGAUGUAGGUGAUAUUAAAAUAGAAGUCUUCUGUGAAAGGACACCCAAAACAUGUGAAAAUUUCUUGGCUCUUUGUGCCAGUAAUUACUACAAUGGCUGUAUAUUUCAUAGAAAUAUCAAGGGUUUCAUGGUUCAAACGGGAGAUCCAACAGGUACUGGAAGGGGAGGUAACAGUAUCUGGGGCAAGAAGUUUGAAGAUGAAUAUAGUGAAUAUCUUAAGCACAGUGUUAGAGGUGUUGUAUCUAUGGCUAAUAAUGGCCCAAAUACUAAUGGAUCUCAGUUUUUCAUCACCUAUGGAAAGCAGCCACAUCUGGACAUGAAAUACACAGUAUUUGGCAAGGUGAUAGAUGGUCUGGAGACUCUAGAUGAACUGGAGAAGUUACCCGUAAAUGAGAAGACAUAUCGACCUCUUAAUGAUGUACACAUUAAGGACAUAACUAUUCAUGCCAACCCAUUUGCCCAGUAGCUAUAAUAGACCUGGACAAAUAUUUGGCAAACUAUUCAAGGAACACACCUAUUAUGGUUUACUCAGUUUUAAUUAUGUCAAAAAUUGCAGCUUGUUUAUAACCAAGAUCUUCUGUGAGUUGCUCGUAGCAAGAGGGGCCAAACAGUGUUUAGUCCUAUUUUUAGAGCAUAUUCUAUGACUAUUAUCUAAUGCAUUUCUUUAAUUUAAAAAAACAACCCUGUGUUUAACUUUGUAUUUUCAUAUAAACAUUCAUUUUUAAAUGCUGAGUGUCAAAUCCAGGCAUUUUUGAGCACCCUAAUUACAUAUUCCUACCAUAUCUAGUCCACAUCCUGUUCAGUUCAA